AGGUUUUCACAGUACAGGCUUCUUUGGCAAGUGGAAUAUUCCUCAGCGAAGUUUAGUAAAACUUAAGAAUGGUUUAAGAAUUGUUCAGAUGGAGACAUAAGAGACCAGAUCAAUAUCCCUGUCAAAAGACUUAAAGCUCCAAAACAUCCAUACAGUUUCAGAUAUCAGUGCAGGCGUUACUGCAGACAGUUGUUCCUUUAAACAGCUGUUCCUUCAGACAGCUGUUCUCCCUAACAGCUGUUCCUUCAGACAGCUGUUCUCCCUAACAGCUGUUCCUUCAGACAGCUGUUCUCCCUAACAGCUGUUCCUUCUAACAGCUGUUCCUUCAGACAGCUGUUCCUUCAGACAGCUGUCCUAUCAGGUGUUCCUUCUAACAGGUGUUCCUUCAGACCAGACCGUUGAUAACGUCCUGAAGCAUUGCGUUAGUCUCAGUCAUGCUUUUUUACAAGCAGUUUAAAUAAAUACAAUAUGGUCGGCGUCAGCCUGAUGUUUGCAGCCGCAAACGAAACGUUGCAGAUGAGAAUCGUGUGCAAAGAUGUGACUGCUGAGAUGUUGUAUGAUGUCCUCCAUGACACCAGUUAUCGUAAGAAGUGGGACGCCAACAUGAUUGAAACGUAUGACAUCGCCAGGCUGACGGUCAACGCUGACGUGGGAUAUUACUCUUGGAAGUGUCCCAGUCCUUUGAAGAACAGGGACUUUGUGACGAUGAGGUCUUGGCUCCCACUUGGUAACGACUACAUGAUCAUCAACUACUCUGUCAAACACCCGCAACACCCUCCAAAGAAGGACUAUGUCAGAGCUGUGUCUCUCUUGACGGGUUACCUGAUCCAAUCCAGUGGUGCUACAAGCUCCACCCUUUACUACCUGACGCAGGUGGACCCCAGAGGCUCAUUACCAAAGUGGGUUGUGAACAGAGUCUCCCAGUUUGUGGCUCCAAAGGCCAUGAAGAAGAUCUACAAGGCAUCUCUGAAAUACCCGGAGUGGAAACGGAAACACAAUCCGACACUGAAGCCAUGGAUAUUUCCGGAGCAGAACACAUUGCCGACCAUCAGCUUGUCAGAGCUGACGCUGCAGCAUGCGGAGUCUCUAGAGAAAAUUGAUGAGAGUUGUGUGAGUGAAGAAAAGACUGUCAACAGCGAUGAUGAGGAGAUCUAAACGUCUUCCAAAGUCUCAGCUAGAGCACCUUUGUCUCAUUUUCUGUUUCUAAUUUCUUUAAUGAGACAAAGUGAAACUAAAAAUGUACAACUGACGGCAGACACGUCAUGCUCCUACAGUUUCUCACACGUUCAGGUUUUGAACUUCACAUGUUCACCCAAUUUGACUUUUCACCAUCUGUCCAAUGGCUGUCCAGGGAAUGCCCACUGACUAUUCACUGGACAUCCAGUAUCCACUAAUAAGUAUUCUAGAAUCUUAAACAAGAUCUUUCAUUCUGAUAAAUCUAUUAAAUUGUAGAAACUCUCUGCGUCUGAUAUUUCUGGUAACUGAUUAGUAAGUGUUGGGAUUUUAUGUUGGAGAAUUUGAUGAACUAGUUGAACUUUCUGUUGAUGCAGAGCAGGUUUUGUCUUCUUGAACAGAAAUUUUGUUAAAAUUGUUAAACUGAACAAAUCAAUGUGUGUGAUCAAUAAAGCUUCCCUGAGACCCUUG